UUCCCGGAAAAAAACGAUCGGUAUGCUUAGUAAUAACUAUUUUAGGGUACAAAUCUCAUAUUGAAAAUGUACUUCCCAUCUUAUAAGUUUCAAACCCACAGUUUCAAAUGAUUUCAAUCAGUUCUUGAACAUAUCGAGCACAUACUGGCCAUCAGUAGAUGUAUGAUUGCAUCAAGAUUGAUAUGGCAAGCUGUGAAGAUCCAGAGGCUGCUGAAAAGAUCGAGCGACAGGCUGAGCUUAAGGAAAAGUUCGAGCGCAUCAGGAUGGAGAGGAUCAACAGGUACCAGGGAGUCAACUUGUACAUCAAGAAUUUGUCCGAUAACAUAGACGAUGAGCGACUCAGAAAGGAAUUUGCUCAGUUUGGUACCAUCACCAGUGCCAAGGUGAUGGCCACUGAAGAUGGAAGAUCCAAGGGAUUCGGAUUCGUUUGCUUCCGUUCCCCAGAGGAAGCAGCUAAAGCGAUCGUUGAGAUGAAUGAAAAAAUUAUUGAGGCAAGACCUCUGUAUGUGGCUCUGGCUCAAAGGAAAGAGGAUCGUAAGGCUCAUCUUGCAUCACAGUAUAUGCAACGCACUUCAAGCAGGGACAUGCCAGAACACCGAAUAGGACCAGGAGUAAAUUUGUUUAUCAAGAACCUUGACAAGAGUAUCGAUGAUGAGAAAUUGCGAGAGGAGUUUUCUCAGUUUGGUACCAUCACCAGUGCCAAGGUGAUGACUAAAAAUGAUAAAUCGAAAGGUUUCGGGUUUGUGAGCUUUAGUUCCCCAGAGGAAGCUUCUACUGCUAUCAGUGAAAUGCAUGGAAGAAUUGUUGUUGAUAAACCUCUGUAUGUGGCUCUGGCUCAGAGGAAGGAGGAUCGUAGGGCUCAUCUUGCUCUCUUCAACAUGCAGAAUAAUACAAGUAUGGACAAGCAGGGAGAACAAAGAGAACUGGGAGUCAAUGUGUACGUCAAGAAUCUGGAUGACAACAUCGAUGAUGAACGACUCAGAGAGGAGUUUGCUCAGUUUGGUACCAUUACCAGUGCCAAGGUGAUGACUGAAGAUGGUAUGUCCAAGAAAUUUGGAUUCGUUUGCUUCAGUUCCCCAGAGGAAGCCAGCAAAGCAAUCGAGAAGAUGAAUGGAAGAAUCGUUGUAGCUAAACCUCUAUAUGUAGCUCUGGCACAGAAAAAAGAGGACCGCGAAGCUCAUCUUGCCUCCCAGUACAUGCAGCGCAUGCGCAAGCUGCAGGGACAACAAAUAGGACUGGUGAGCCAGAUGUUCCAGCCUGGAAGUGCUGGAUACUUUGUACCUACCAUGCCUCAAGCCCAGAGAACAUACUUCACCCCCAACAACAUGCCAGCCAUGAGAAGCAACCCUAGAUGGCAGACAACUGUAAGACCCACUGGUCAGCCUGGUAGUGAUUAAUAGUUAAAGUAUCAGGCUUGGGAAGGUUCAACCACAGAUUUAAAGUUCAGAUCCACCUGAAGGCUUUUGUUCAUAUUGUUCCAGUCAGGAAGAGUUGGAUACUUUUUACCCACAAUGCCUCAAGCCCAGUGUACUUGCAUGGAGAGUACUUGAGGGGCAACUUUUAACUUAUUUUUGAUUGGCUGAAAAGCAAACACGUGUAUAUGAUAAAGAAAAUCCAUUACUAUAUAUUUGUGAACAUUUGAUUUUUAGCUCAUCGAAACAUUCAGAAAAUGUAUAAUUAUCUAUCGGUGAAAAUCAUACAAUAAUCAUGGGUAUGAUUUUGAAAGGAACCCAAGUACAGUGUAUGGUUUAAAUCAUGAUAACAAUGCGACAAAUUUACAAGAAUGAGUUCAAAUGUAAACGUCGUUAAUUUGAAUCAUGACUGAAUGAAUUUGAACACUUUCUCAAUUUAAUGAUAGACCUCUGAUUAUUUAUUCAUUGUUUUUCCCCUUUACUUAUGUCAUUUUUCAUAUUUAUGUAUUUACUAGGGUCUCUUGUAAAAUACCCACUUCUGUACUUUACUAUGUUUAAUUUGUAUAAUCUAAUGAGUUGCAAAGCUUGCCAUUAAAGUUGCCAUUAUAUCUAACAUCAAUUGACCAAUAGCCUAGAUUUACCAAUGAAUUCAUUAAUUAAUUAACAAUUACUCUAGAUCUUAGUCCUGAGUGAGUGACAGUCUUCAUUUCACCUUGAUCAGAUUUCAACGGCUGAAAAAAUGGAUUUGAUAAUAAAUAUCAUUUAAUUAACAUA